AUGGCAUCCAAGAAGGGGGAAUUCUCAGAGGAUAUCACCAUGGGAGACGAGACUGAAAAUGAUUAUCUAUAUGAGAUCUUAGAGGAUUUCAAGAACGUACAAUCAGGACAUGAGAAACCACAGCUUCUCAUGGAAUCAGCUGGUAAGGAAUCAUGUUGCAUCUUCAGAGUCCCUAGAAGCUUUGCAGAAAUGAACCCUACAGCCUAUAUGCCGAAAGUGGUUUCCAUUGGUCCUUACCAUUAUGGAGAAGCACACCUCCGGAUGAUUCAAGAGCACAAGCCUCGGUUUCUCAAGAUUUUUCUAAAUAAGGCAAGAAAGAAGGGAGUAACUGAUUACGACUUGGUCACGGCUGUCAUGGAAUUGGAGAAAGUCAGUAGGAUUUCUUAUUCCGAGAAUCCUAGCCAAGGUCCAAAGGAAUUUGUGUAUAUGAUGGUUCUGGAUGGGUGCUUCGUUCUCAUGUUGUUGCUUAUCGUUUCAAGAAUCAUUCAGCUGGAUGUGAGUGAAGAUCCUAUUUUCACCAUCCCGUGGAUUCUCCCGGCCAUUCAGAGUGAUCUUCUCCUCUUGGAAAAUCAGGUUCCUUUCAUUGUUCUUCAAACUUUAAUGAAAGUUUCAAAGAUAGGUGUCUUUGAUGACCUAAACUGGAUGGCGUUUCGCUUCUUCAACCUCUCGUUGGGUAGACCAGAGAGACACUUGGAGAAAUACAGAAACUUGGAGGGGAAGCAUCUUCUUGACCUCAUUCGCAUGAGCCUCACACCUAACAAGAAAUCUAAAGGUGAAUCUGAAGAUGUACCACCCAUGAAGGCUAAAUCUGGAAAAGUAUCACCCUCGGAUUUUACCUUGAUAAUGUCAUCUACAAGACUUAGUCUCCGAGGGAUAACAUUCAUAAGGAGUGAUGCAGAUUCCUUAUUAGAUAUAAGAUGGAAGAGGAACAAACUUCACAUACCAUUGCUAAGAUUGGAUGGAUUCAGCAGCUCCAUCUUCCUCAACUGCGUCGCCUUUGAACAAUCAUACGCAAAGAGUACAAACGAGAUAACAAGCUACGUAGUUUUCAUGGGAUGCCUUCUAAACGGCGAGGAGGAUGCAACGUUUUUGAGCGACGACAACCGGAUCAUAGAGAACUACUUUGGCAGUAAGAUUGAGGUAUCCCAGUUCUUCAAAAAUAUUUGUAAGGAUGUUGUGUUUGACAUAAAUACAAGUUAUUUACGGAAUGUGUUUGAGCAAGUUAACGAGUACAGCUCAAGGUGGUACGCACCGUUGAUGUCAACAUGGGCACGGCGGCGUUUGUUUACUUCCUUAAUGACCAACAGGAACUACACUGGACAGUAUCGUUAUUAG